AUGAGAAAAUUAAGUAGUUUAUUUUCUUGGAAUACCAAGAAGGAAGAAGAAGUACCAUCCUCCACCUCCGCUCCAUCCGAGUAUAUUGAAGCCCUUCGGGAAGAUUCCUACGUGAACCAUUACGAACGACAAGUUAUCAAUGCGAAACGAGGAGCUAUUUUACGAACCAAUAAGGACUUGAAACUCUCUUCCAAAGAGCAAGAAUUGGUCGAUUUCAGUGAAAAGAUUGUCGAUCUCGUCUUUGUGUGUGACAAUACUGGAUCCAUGUCUGGUGAGAUCAAUGUCGCCAAAGAUACCAUUCAAACCAUUAUUACUUCACUUCAUGAUCAUUUCAAAUCCGAUUUGAGAUUUUCAGCAGUGAGUUAUCGAGAUCAUUCCGAUGACUAUGCUGUCAAGGAAUUUCCAUUCACUCGUGACGUGAAAGUAGCAAAGUCAUACAUUAAUGAAAUGUUUGCCCAAGGAGGAGGUGACUAUCCUGAAGCUUUGGCCAGUGCUUUGAAAGUUGUUUCAGAAAUGCCAUUCAACAAAAAAGGAAAGAAAAUUGUCAGAGAGACAUUUUCCGUUCGUUUUUGUUGCCAAAUAAUCCAUAAAAAGAGUCAAUUGUUGAUCAUUUUGUGA